AUGUCCAUCGUCGACGACAUCCCCGACGCGAUCAAGACGGUGCCAAAGGCGGCGGUGGAGCGCGACCUCGGCAAGGAGGUGGAGUCGCGCAGGACCUUCGCCAUCAUCUCGCACCCCGACGCGGGUAAGACGACGCUCACCGAGAAGCUUCUCUACUACGGAGGCGCCAUCCAGGAGGCGGGCGCGGUCCGCGCCAGACGCGGUGCCAAGUCCGCGACGUCCGACUGGAUGGAGAUGGAGAAACAGCGAGGCAUCUCCAUCUCGUCCACGGCGCUCUCGUUCGCGUAUAAGAACUUUACGCUGAACCUUCUGGACACGCCGGGUCACGCGGACUUCUCCGAGGACACCUACCGCACGGUGAGCGCCGCGGACAACGCCGUGAUGCUCAUCGAUAGCGCGAAAGGCCUGGAGCCUCAGACCAGGAAGCUGUUCGAGGUUUGUAGGCUCAACGGGCUCCCGAUCUUCACGUUUUGCAACAAGAUGGACCGGCCCGCGCUCGAGCCGCUGGAGCUGCUCGAUCAGAUUGAGAGCGAGUUUAACCUGCCGACGUACGCGGUCAACUGGCCCAUCGGCAGCGGCGACACUUUCAAAGGGGUGUACCACCGACCGAGACGGGAGGUUCACCUGUUCAACGCAGAGGCGAAGGACGGCAAGGCGAAGAAGGGCGAGGACAAGAGCACGAAGGGCCUCGAGGUUUUAUCCGUCGACGACGAGAAGCUCGAGUCGCUCAUCGGCGCCGAGCUCCACGCGCAGCUCAUGGAGGACAUCGAGCUGCUGGACGAGCUCGGCGGCGAGCUCGACCUUCAGGCGGUGCACGACGGCGAGCUCACGCCGGUCUUCUUCGGUUCCGGCAUGAACAAUUUCGGCGUGCAGCUCUUCCUCGACUCGUUCCUCGGGUACUCGGUGCGACCGCGGGGCAGGGACCUUCUCGGCGGCGACCGCGUCGAGCCCACGGACGAGGGCUUCACCGGCUUCGUGUUCAAGCUUCAGGCGAACAUGGACCCGCGACACAGAGACAAGGUGGCGUUCGUUCGCGUCGUCAGCGGCCGGUUCGAGCGCGGGAUGAGGGUGACCAACGCGAGGACGAAAAAGGCGGUGCUGCUCUCGCGCCCGUCGCAGAUGUUCGGGCAGGACAAGACGGUGCUCGACGAGGGGUUCGCCGGGGACGUCAUCGGUUUGAACAACCCCGGCUCGUUCGCGAUCGGCGACACGCUCUACAUGGGCUCGCGGAAGGUGCUGCCGCCGAUUCCCACGUUCUCCCCCGAGCUCUUCGCGUACCUGAGAAACUCGGACACUGGAAAGUAUAAGCAGUUCCAGAAGGGCGUGCAGGAGCUCCUGGGCGAGGGCGCGGUUCAGGUGAUGUACUCCAGGGACGCGGUGAAGCAGGAUCCGAUCCUCGCGGCCGUCGGGCAACUGCAGUUCGAGGUGGUGCAGGCGCGCAUGCUGGCGGAGUACGGGGUGGAGACCACGCUGGAGCCGCUGCCCUUCGCGGUGGCGCGUUGGGUGGUUGGGGGCUGGGACGCAAUCGACGCGGCGGGACGGAUAUUCAACGCUCAGUGCGUCAAGGACAUCUGGGGUCAGCCGGUGCUGCUGUUCAAGAACCAGUGGAACGUGGACCAGAUCGUGGCGGACACGCCGGAGAUUGGCGAGCUCUCGCCGUUCUCCAUUCCCCCGGCCGCGGAGUGAGGUGGUGCUUGCAGCAGAGUUGAGACUGUAAUGAAGUGACACGAUUUUUUCUGACUCG